AUGCAUGAAAGAGAUAGAGACUUAAUUCUAAAAAUCCAAGAGUAUUUUGGAGCUAUAGGAUAUGUAUCAAAUCCCAACAAAAAUUCCACAGUUGAAUUUAGAGUUAGUACUAUGGAGCAUAUAACUAAUGUGAUUAUACCACAUUUUAGUAAUUACCCAUUAUUAACUAAAAAAUAUUUUGACUACGUAUUUUUUAAAGAAAUUGUAAAAUUAAUGUCAGAAAAACAGCACAGUUUAUCCGAUGAGCUAAAAAAAGCUUUCCCUGAUACUGUUCCAGUAAAAAGAGAAGAUAUAGUAAGCAAUUAUAAUAACCUUUCUAAAACUAAAAGUGGUAUAGCUAGUUCAUUACGUUUUUCUAUAGCUCAAGAUUCAAGAGAUAUAUCUUUAUUGGAAAGUUUUGUAGAUUUUUUUGGAUGUGGGUAUGUAGCUAAGUACAAAAAUCGUUUGGUUUGUGAAUUUGUAGUUACAAAAAUAGAUGAUAUAGUAAAAAAUAUAAUUCCUUUCUUUGAAAAACAUAAAAUAAUAGGAUCAAAAUACUCAAACUUCUUGGAUUUUAAGAGUGCUGCUUUCAUUAUUAAGAAUAAAGACCAUUUAAAACAAGAUGGAAUAGGUAAUGACUCGUUGUAUGGUAAAAACGAUUUGUAUGAAGAAAUGAAAUAG